AUGUUGGCGUCAAGAAAAGAGAGAGAGAGAGGGGACUGCAACUUGCAAGAACGCGUUGAGCGGCGCGUGUCUGUGAUGUGCUGUAUGAAACCCGUGUCCUUUCUUAUUCCAUAAUAUAUCUCUGUCUGUCUUCCCUUCGCUUCCAUUCCACUUCAACUCCACCAACAACUUUUCCUCAUCCUCUCUUUUCCCACACCAAACACAUUCUCUUCCACAUCUUCUCAAUUAUUAUUAUUAUUACCAAAUUAAUCCUAUGUAUUAACAUGUUCAAUAAGGUCACAGUUGUUGAGAGCUUUAAGAUUCCAUGGCUCAUUUGGAUUCAACUCAUAGUCCUCUUUCUCCUCCUUGCACUUCUCUUUUUCGUCGCCGUCGUUCCUUUAGAUUCCGAUCACGAUUCCGCCGCCGCUGCCGUCACGUUCCUUCCCAGCGCUUCAACUCCCUUCCUUUUCGAUGAGAUUCAACAGAUUCAUGAUUCAACGCCUACUCUUCGACACCUCAACCAGCAGGGUGCACAAAAUCAAAAUGUAAUUAUAAAAGACGAGGUGUCGACAGAUGCAAGUUCAAGCAUGAGUGGGGAAGAGAUUGAAGGGGAUGUUUCAUCAUUAAAUCCCAACCCUUGCCAUUAUUUCCGGCUAGCCACAGUAGCAUUUCUCAAAUGUUUUGGCCUGGAUUCCAUGUCUGAUUGUUCAUCAAAUCCAAAGAGUAGAAAAAGAAAAGAAAGCUGAUUAUUUUUGAAAAUUAUUGUUAUUGUCAUUUAGGUGAGAGAGGUCUAUUGAUCAAUUCCUAUAAGGUGCAAUUUAUCUUUUCAAUGUACAAAAAGAAAAAAAAAAUUAAAGGCCUAAAUCAACAAGGAAAAAGGCCCAUCAUUCUCAAGUACAGUUUCAUCAUCAA